AUGCGGGGAUUGGUCUCCAUGGCCCGGAGCGCAUGGGGAGUGUUUAUAUCCGAAAGGCAGCCUGGCUGGAAGUAUCUGAUGCAGCUUUUUGCAGUCUGCUCUGUAGUUGGCUUCUUUGCCAGCUUGCUGUUAUUCCUUGGCAUGCACUUCUCCCUGGCACAGCACUCCUUGGGUCCCUUACUGAUUUCUGGAUCCCUCUGGGUCUUGCUCUCCAUCGCGCUCUGCUGUUUCAAGCACCUGCGCUGCUUCAGUGCCCUGCUCCUGCUUUCCUGCGGGCUGCAGAGCGGCAGGAACGCCCUCAUCACUGCUGCCACAGGCGUCCUGAUGGCAGGCAGCAUCCAGAAUACCUUCCACAACCUGAAGGUUCUGGCAGACAGCAUAACCUGCCACUUAGAGUACGAGCAGUUUGCCUUGCUCAAGUACUACGUUGAGGCAGUGAGGCUGAUUUACGAGGCAGCCAGGCUUCCCCCCGAGCUCCUGCGGGAUGAGUUCACCCCAUCCUACUCCAUUGCAGACCAGGCACUGAAACAAGAGCUCAACGACACCAAGCAAGCCAUGCAGAGAGUUGCUAGCCAGGUAUCCUUUAUGCUGACCCUAGUGUCCUGCAUAGGCCAGAAAAUCCUGCCUGGAGUUGGGAUUUUCCUGGCUUCUUUUGGGACUGGCCUCUUUAUCAAGAAGUUUGUGGGCUCUGGCAGUGCCAAAUUUAUGAACAUUUACAUCACAAAACGGUUCAUUGCUUUUGAUGAGUGCCAGAAGCAGCAGCAAAGACCCUGCCUUCUGCCACUCAGCAGAGAAGAAAGGAAAACCUACGUGACAAUCCCAUCUUUCUGCCUCACCAGGAAGGAAAGGAAAAACAUGCAGUACUUUUUCCUCCCUGUGAUUGUCAAUCUCUGCACCUGGCUGCUCUUUGCUGCAGUAGAUUAUCUGUUGUAUUGGUUAAUUAUUUCUGUCAAUAAGCACCUCCAGGAAGUUCCAGAUCUAGAGAUUAAAUUCAUCUUCUCUCAGCGAAGGAAUCAGAAUGGAUUUAUCUUCGACAUGAGAGACCACGUCACAAAGGUUGACCCUUUCAAGAUCUCUUUGUUUAAGCACGACUGCAUCCCUCAGCCAGUGCUCACUCCUUCCACAACAUGGAUCCAGCUUGGAGCAAUCAUCUUCUUUUUAAUCGUUUUUGGGUUAUUUUCUGGCCUCCUGACCCAGCUUAAGAUACUGAUAUUGGCUUCAUUUUAUCCUGACACUGAGAUGAAACGGAUACACUUCCUGCACGCAGAAAUACUCCAGAAGAGAGCAAAGCUACCAGAGAAACCUGGCAAGAAAGCAUUUGCUAGCAGGGUUGACUUUUGGCUUCCAAUACUGAAGGCAAGGGAGGCAGUAAAGAAGAAAGGAAGGAGUGUGGCAAUGGAAGACAGAGCAUGA